AUGCCAUCCCCAUCACCGUCACCCCAGAUUAAAGGCCGAGCAAAAGCACGGAUCUGUAAUCAUUGCGGCCGAGGCUUUCGCCGCACAGAACAUUUGGAGCGUCAUGUCAGAACCCACACCAAAGAAAAGCCGUUCAUUUGCUUCUGUGGGUCUGCUUUUACUAGACGCGAUCUUUUGAAGCGCCAUAAUCGAAUUACACACCAGGAUACCCUUACAUCGCCCGAUUCACAGCCGGCGCCAAUUGCAAAGCCGGAUCUCCAAGGGUCCAAUAGUGCCACAUCUGCAGUCAUUCCGCAGCAAUAUGAUGCAUCCACCCGUCCAGUAGGGUCAAUUCCUGGGCCCUCCCCCGUGCAUCAGUGGUCUGCACCUCAGCAUGAUCAUGUAUCAUAUCUAUCACAAAGCCAGGCAGGCGGUAUGAUGCCUGGCCAUCCGAAUGCUCAUCCGGCCCCCGAAAACCAUCCGGGCAUGCAUGACCCGGCCAUGCUCCAAGCGGCACAAUUGCUUAUUCCUGGUGAUUACCAGGCCCCCACACUACCUUACUUGCCGGAAGAUCUCAAUCAUUUCCAAGAAUUUACACAUUUUUUAGAUUCUAUUGGCCUUCCGGCCGAAUGGCUUCCUGCUGAGGGCCAGGCCGCCCAAAUACAAGAUAUUGGUCUUGAAGAUGUGCAAAGGCCUACCCAAAUACCCCAAGAACAACCAAGAUCCCGCGGAACCCACCGAGAAGAGUCGCGUGGUGAUUCUCCUUUCCGGUCAUGGCUUCCAUCGGUGCCCAGGGGCGAUCAGAGCUUAACAUCACUUUCGGACACAGAACCACCGCAUGCCACCAAGUCCUCCGGAUUCAAUGUCGGCGAGGACCAACGAUUUCGGCUUGCUGCUUCCCUCGAAGAUUUUCGCAAUGUCAUCCCUGAUUUCACCCUCCCAUCCCGCCAUACUCUGACCCGGUAUCUUACCUCAUACUUUGAAGGAUUUCAGCCCCAUAUUCCCUUUAUACACAUUCCGACCUUUAGAUUCAAUGAGUGCUCUCCAGAGUUAAUUCUGGCGAUGAUGACGAUUGGAGCCCAAUACCGAUUUGAGCACCGAACCGCCGAGAAAAUCUUCCAUGUUUCUAAAGCGGUCUUGUAUGAACGCAUGUCAAGAGAGUCCCGAAUUGCUGCGCAGGGUUAUACAGAGCCAUUAGGUGGUCCCCCAUACUCGGAUUCAAGAGAGAGUCAAGCCCGGAGCAUAUUGCCAUCCACUGCCUCAAGGCAGAUGGAAGUUAUCCGCUGUCUCCUUGUUCUCAUGGGCUAUGCCACCUGGGAACGAGCGGGGCUAGUACAAGAAGCACUACAGCUUCAAGCCCAGCUCGUCCAGCUUCUUCGCGAAGCAAGUUUGACAGAACCACAGUCUGAUCCACACGCUUCAUCCACAGACUGGUAUGAAUGGGCCGACCAAGAGUCGGUUCGACGCACCAAGCUUAUCUCAUUCUGCUUCAUCCACAUCCACAGCAUCGCAUAUAACGCAUACCCGUCACUUCGGAGUAGCGAAAUUCAUAUGCGCCUGCCCUGUUCUACAAAGGAAUGGACAGCAGCAAACGCUACCGAAUGGGAGGCUGCUCAGAGAGAGCGAGGGCCUCAACAACUUUUCUUCCAAGAUGCCUUGACACUGCUGCUUCAGAAGUCACGAUCAGCAGUACCGCUUGAUCCUAUUCCUUCGCCCCUAGGGAAUUACAUGCUUCUUCACGGUCUGCUUCAGCGCAUCCAUAUCGUAAGCGAGCUGUCUUUGCCCAAUGGGAACCAUUCUACUGCUCUUCCGACGGAAGAGCUGAACAAGAUCGAGCGGGCUCUUCGUUCAUGGACAUCUGUUUGGCAACAAGCCCCCGAGUCAAGCCUGGACCCACAUAAUGCAAAUGGACCUAUUCCAUUCACAUCCAGUGCACUUUUAGGACUUGCUUAUGUCAGACUAUCUUUAAAUUUGGGUCCAUACCGUCGCCUUGAAACACGAGAUCCAUUGCUAAUAGCCUCUGCCCUCUACCGAUCUCCCAAACCCGAAAGAAGCUACCGGCUCAUCCCGGCAUUAAUAUACGCAGCACACGCUCUCAGUAUUCCUGUUCGUCUGGGAAUCGAUCAUAUCGCUCGCAGUCAAGCAUUUUUUUGGAGUGUACGCCACUCGCUUGCUAGUUUGGAAUGUGCUGUCUUGUUAAGUAAAUGGCUUUUCACACUUGCUGAAGCUGCCCCCGACCAGGCACUUAGUGAAAAUGAAAGUCGAAUCCUUCGGUGGACGCAAUGUAUCGUGGAAGAAGCUUUUUCUUCCAUAGACCUGGACGACGAAUCUGAUGCCCCGCCUAAUUUGGAGCCGGCAUCUUUGGGAAUGGCAGUUCUUAGACUCUGGGCAAGACUAUUCAAGCGCAACGCACAGUGGCCCUUCAUAAACACUCUUGGUCAGAGCUUGGAAAGGUAUAUGGCCAUGAUUUGA